GCGAGUUUUUGCUUUGUCUCAUGAGGCUGUCGACUUUAGUGUAGUUUUUAUAAGUACCAUUAAAUUUAAUGCAGUUAAAUUGGCCWAAAUUAAGUGUGCUCUGGCUGUAACUGAAAUGCCUGAGUACAGAUUGUACAUUAUGUUGUGACCCAACAAAGAACCUGAAGGGAUCUUUUAGGUAAUACACAAGUAGCAAAGCUCACAGCUGUGUAUUCUGUCUCUUCAUAAGAAUUUUCUCUUCCUCUUUUCAGAGGAGGGAGCAGUGAAGCGUCUUUGGCGAAAYUUCCUUCUGGAAUGCCUCACAUCAAUGCAGCUGCACUUCUGCAGAUUUCCAUGCUGCUCUUUGCUUUUCCUGCACAGUAUUUUCUAUCUCAGUGGUAUGGAACAGACUCUGCCGAGCGCAUCCAAACAACAGAAAGGAUAAUUACCUCUUGGGGCAUCUCAGCAAGGUCUUACCUGAGUCUCGAUGCGUGGGCAGAUCUUUUCAAGCUGUGGCUCUCAAAGACAAGGAAUUGGUACUAYGAAGAAAACAAAACUAAAAGUAGUCACAAAGAAGCAAAAUCCCAUUCUUAUUUUGCAGAAUCAACUCAUGUUCACAGUCCAAGGCCUGAAUAUAUUAAGUUCCGUGUGGGACAGGUAAUAAUUCACAAAAGAUUUGGCUAUUCAGGAGUCAUUGUUGGAUGGGAUCUGAAAGCUACCACUCCAGGAGAACAGCUACAACCCAGAURUCCUCCAGUGAAACAGGAUCUAAAAUAUACUCCUCACUAUCGAAUUCUAAUUAACAAAGCAAAUGGAUUUGGCAAAUCUACGGCUUAUAUUCCUGAGGAAGAGAUAACACUUAUUAUGGGAUUAGAGGUGUAUCACCCUGAUAUGGAAACCUACUUCAGUGGAUAUGAUGGAUCAAAAUACAUUAUGCAGCCAUGGUUGAAAAGACUCUACCCUCAUGACUGAGUACUUCAGAGUCUAYACAUGUAAUGUACACCCAGACAACAGAUGUCCUUUUUAAACCUGAGCAAACAGACAUCAGGAUAAAAUGUAUAUUUUUUCCUAUGAGGAAAUAAAACAUUCCUAAGUAGGUUUUAUGAUGAAUACUGAAUUUUGUUAAAAGUGAGCACACUGCAUGUUCAGUUUGCCAUGACUCAGCAUCGGGAUUUAAGUCCUUCUUGUUUUGGGAGGAAAGGUGUAAAUGUAGCCCAGUUUCAGCCAGGAGUACUGAAAGUCUGGCACAUCAAAUAUCUAGUUUUUACAGGGGCCAGGGAAUCAAAUAAGCAGUUGUGAAGUGUACUUUCAGAAUUAAAUGCGAUGUUAAUUUUAAGGGAUAGACU